AUGAGCUUUGUCGCUCGUCGGGGUCUUUCGACCCUCAUCCCUCCCAAGGUCGCUUCACCGAGCGCUAUCGGUGCUGCCCCUGAUGCCGUCCGCAUGAAGCGCGUCGUCAACUUCUACGAGAAACUCCCCCGAGGCCCGGCUCCCGAGAUCAAGGCCACCGGUCUCCUCGGUCGAUACCAGGCCAAGCACUUUGGAAAGAACGCCACCAACAAGCCUAUCAUCCAUGCCAUUGGCCUUCUGCUCGUCGUUGGAUACCCCCUGACCUACUACUUCCACCUCCGACACCACAAGAACAAUGCGCACUAG